UAUGGCAUUCAGCAUCCAAAGAAAUAUGUGGCUGGGAAGGGAGAAGACCGCGUAAUAGCGCGAGACGUAUAAAGUCCAGUCACCUAUUUCUGCCUGUUCAUCCUCAGCCUCCUCGUCUUCAUCUUUCACGCUCCAUCUUUGCCACUCACCUUAUUUUACGUGACCCAUACCUUCAGCAUUACAAUGUCUAAUACGCAAUCACCAGAAUUCUUUGAACUAUCAGACCCACACCCGGAGAGCUCCCCUACCGCGCGACCUCAUCCUGCUUCGACCGGUACAGUCCAGUCUGUCGACCAUGCUCUAGCUUUGACAACUGGGCCCGAAAAUGAAGAAGCGUUUGAGGCGCGGCAUGAAACAAAAAAUCAUGUUCAGACGAAUGAAGAGUAUACUGAAUUUGACCCUAUGGCCGAAAUUGGCCGUUUCGAUUCAAAGACAGAGCUGGAAGACAAAUGGGAUGAAAUUCAGGGAGAGAUGGUUCCGUUUCUGCAAGAAUUCGCGGAGCAGGCAUUAGCUUCGACGUACGAUAUCAUCCUCCACGUACACUACAUUUUCCACCAGCUCGACUUGCAAGCACAACAAAGUCUGAUAGAAGGUGUUCAGGCGAUUGAGGAAGAAGAGCACAGACAGGAGGAAGCUCGAAAAGUGAUGACUGAUUUCUCAAACGAGAUGAAGCGUGCGGCAGAGGUGCUCAAGCGGUUUGGCAGUGCGACGAGCAGUUCGCAACUGCGGGAGAAGGAGGCGUUGCUUGGUGACGAGCGAGACAAGGAGAUUUCUCAGUAG